GGCAACUGGGGACUUCAGGACCAGCGCCUCACGUUUGAAUGGAUCCAUAACAAUAUUGCUGCCUUCGGUGGGGAUCCUUCCAAUAUCACGGCUAUGGGCGGACUGUCUGGCGCCACGAGCAUCGGUUAUCAUAUGUUGAUCCCUCAGCACCGUGGUCUCUUCCACCGAGCGAUUAUGCAAUCUGGCGCU